GUGUGUGUUGUAUCCGUGUGCUUUUUCGGAGUUCGGCGACUGUGCUGCACUGCACACUGCACGGGUUCAAAAGCCUGCCUGCAGCGGGGCUGUGGCGCAAUCGCCCGCACAGAAGAAACGGUCUGCUCCGAGCUUCGAACUCUACUUGAGAGAGAGCUGCAGCGGUCGCUGCACAGUGUGUGUAUACUACUGCUGCUGCACCACGGCAGAGUUGACGUAAACAACAACAUCAACAUCCCAAAAGUGACGUUUGACGUAUCGCAGUCGAAUGUCUAGUUCAUUACUGUUCGCGUAUAUGUGUAACCUGUGCGAAGCAAGUGCAAUAGUGGAGGGUGUGCAGUGACAGAUAUAUACACAGCAGCGGAGUAGCCCCCCUCGCUGCACACUGCACGCAUAAAACCAUUGUGUGUGUCGUGCGAGUGCGUAUUUGACGUAUGCGGCUGUGCGAUGUUGACCAAGUCGCGCGUCAAUUUGACAAAGUUCGCAAGACGUUUGACAGGCGAUAACGAGUGAAAGAGGAGUCGCUCGCGCUAUCGCGAUUUAUAAGUGCCUCUGCGCAGUCAGCGUGUGUGCUGUGUUCGCGAGCUGAUAAGGCCGCCUCGAGCCACCUCUAAUCGCCGCGCAGCACAAUACACAAUAAACGUGUUUAACAAAAGUCAGCGAGAAUAGUUUUUCAUAACUAAAAAAUCGCUCGUGCUAAGCACAGCUCAGGAGUGUGUUUGUGUGUAUGUGCGAGUAUAUAUGAGAGAUAUAUAGAAAGAGAGAAGGAGAGCAGCAGCGCGAAUUAGAGAGGGGCAUAUAGCAGCAGUGGCAGGCGGCAGCAGACCGCUUUGCAGAGCAGGUACUAUAGGCGUAUAUAUAUAGAGAGAAAGGAGAGAAAGGGAGAGGCUCUCUCCUCUCUCUCUCUCUCUCUCUCUCACUCGGGCGGUAGUGGCAGCGGCGAAGAUGGCUUCCAUCAGUCUAACUGCGGCGGUGGCGAGCAGCGUCGUUGCUGCAGCGGCACAGCUUAGCGACGCUCACGGCACUCACAAUUUACCGACCAACUCCGCGACAAAAACAACAACAACAACAGCCUCGCUGUCGAAUAAUAAUAGCAACAAUAACAAUAGUAACAAUAACAAUAACAACGGCAGUGCAAGUGCUGGUGCGUCGUCCUUCAUCGAUGCGUAUAACGCAGUGCCUCAGUGGAAACGUGAGUUAAUACAGCGUCGCAAGCAAAGGGCCGCCGCGUCCUCCGAGUCCAACUCUUCGUCUGCUGCGUCCUCGCCGAGAUCCAACGACAAGAACAGUGCGCUUGGUGGCUCCUUGUUGUUGUCGCCUACUACUGGAGUUUCGCCUGCACUGAGCAACGGCGCUGCAGUGAACAGUGAACAACGUGAUAGCGAGCACGAUAAUGCCGCUUACUCCUCAGUGAAAUCAAACGUGUCUCCGAGAGCAGCAAAGAGUGCAAACAUGAGGCCACCGGUUUUGCGGCACGUCACCGAGGACAUGCUGGCCAAGCAGCAGAAUCAGCAGCACCAAAAGCAAGACGAGUGUGAAAGUGACAGCUCUGAGGAGCUCCAGUAUGGGCCUGGUAUUGUGCACAAGCUCAGAAGCAAAUAUCUCAAUAUGACUUUGAGAGAGAUGAACAAGAGCAGACCUACCAUUCAGUGCUUCAGGAGAGCUGCUAGUUUAGAGGAUCUCUUGGAUUGUCCGGAUGAUUCACCAGAUCAAAAGAACAGAAAGUACGCCAAGAAAAAUGUUACUGGAGCUGCUGCUAAAGUUGACAGGUACAGAAAUGCUGCCAGAGGUAAUGAUUCUAUCAAGCGAGCUAGGAGUGUUGAGGCUCUUGUGAGGUAUAACUCUUUGCCUGAAGAGUCAACGCAAAGUAAAAUCAUUCCAAGUGUGUUUAAGCAGGAGAAUGAACAUGUUAUAGUCGUUGACAGGGCACAAGUGAAAAUUGAAAAUAGACUGACAGAUAUGAUGAAGCCACCUAUUAAUAAGCCCAAAAGAUUGAAGCCUGUACUAUCUGAGACUGAGCGACCACCACCAGAUCUAGUCAAAACUACUAUGCGAAUCUUUGAGAGUUCAUCAGUGAGAAAACUUAAACCAAAAGGUGACGUUGCAGCUAAAGUGGCUACAUUUAAAAACAUCAAUGAAACCUUCAAGGCACAAAACCAAAAGAAACUCAUACCCAGCAAGCCACCGCUACAACCCAAGCCUUUUACCAAUGGUAAUUCUAAAAUCACAGCUUCUCCCAGGAAAAUUGUCAUCAACAGGAAACCCAUUGCUGAACUGAUAGAAAAGCAAACGAAUGGCAAGGAUUCUUAUCACAAUGACAAUGUCAUCACAGAACCAAUUGUAAAUUCAGUCUCAUCGGUAGUGAGUAAAUUCCAGCAGAUUGAAAAACUGUGCUCUCCGUCCUUAUCUCCUGAACCAAACUUCAACAAAAUCAAAUUUUCUCCUGUACCUAGUCCAGAGCCUUUGAUUGGGAGAGCCAAAGUGUCUUCUCUAGAAUUAAAAUCACCUACAUUAACGCCUGUACCUUCACCAAGAGCCACACCGCCCAAAACGCCCACAACCCCUCAAUCGCCAAAAUCAGAAUCACUGAGAUCGCCCUUGAUCAGUCCUGCAAGAGAAAGAGAAGCGCCAUCGAUUCCAUCGGUAGUGGAAACCAACAAACCAGAGUCACCUAAACGCAGCCCAAGUGUAGAAGUUAAAGUGGAAAAGCCCACGGAAACCUUCGAGCAAUACCGAGAUCAGCUGCAGCAACAAGAACAACAUCAUCAAGUACAGCAAGCCCAAGUCGUACAUGAGGAGGAGGUGCCCGAAGCGAGCGCCCCAACGACCCCCGAAGGAAGCUGCCCCAUAUACGAUAACGUGGCGAGCGACGCGAGCAACGACCUGUCGAGGAUCAGCGAGUCGUCCUCGUCGUCGGAGACGACGGUGCUCAUCGACAGCUUCGACGAGAGCUCCGAGGCCGUCGACAGUCCCAGGGUCAUAUCGAAGUCGGCCCUCGACAACAUCGGCAAGGCCGGCGUGACGAUACAGUACAGCUUCAGCGAGACGUCGCCGUCGAUCAAGAGCUACCUGCCCAGGUCGGCCUCGGGUCUCGACGACGACCAGGAGAACGAGGACAGCGACUCGAUCGUCAGCGAUCCCGAGGACGAUUAUUCGUGCGCAGCAGCCGUCGAGCCUCCACCGGUCGCCCCGAGAAAUUGCAGCAGCGAGGACGCGGAGAACUCCGUCAACAACGUCAAGUCGACCAUCGCCACGAGCUUCUCUCAGGGCAACGAGUCGAAAACCAUAAAGAGUCAAAAGCAGCUGGAAAGCAGCAGUGCGUCAGCUGGCAGCAGCAGUAGCUCGAUGCCGAUCUCGACGUCCGUGGUAUCGUCGGCGUUGCCGCCAGCUGCACCGGUACCGGCUCAAAAACAAAUCGGCAUCAUCAGGCCUUUGGUGUCGACGAAAACUCAGCUGCCCCAACAAAAUCUCAGCAAUCGAGAGAUCGAAAAAAAUCUCAUCAACCGAGUGAAGAGUAUCGAGCAACAGCAACAGCAGCAGCAGCAGCAACAACAACAGCAACAACAACAGCAACAGCAUCAUCAGCAGCAGCAACCAACCAAAGUCGUAGUGAGUUUAAAAAGUGCCGAGGAUAUACAGCCAGUGAAAAAAAAUAAUACAAGUGCCGCCAGUGGAUUAUGGGACUCGAAAGCCUGGAAUCAGCAGAACAACACGAUGGUCUUCAACUUUAGUAAUCGCGCGGACGUGCCGGAUUACAUCGAGAACGACGGCCUCAUCAUAACGAGGAAACGCGACAACAGAGGCAGGCAACACACGAGCAGCAGCGGGGGUGGAGGAGGAGGCGUCGUCGAUCACCAUCAGCAUCAGCAGCAGCAGCAACACGGCUCCGACAGCAACGGGGCAGGCAACCACUACGAGCAGCAGUACUACGACGAGUCGUCGGACAACGAGUACUCGAUCGGGCCCCCCUCGCCCUGCGACGUGUCCUUCUGCAACGACAACGUCCUCAUCAACGGCCGCAGUAAUCUAUCGAGGACCCCGAGGAAUCACAAUUGCCGAAUUCAGUUCGACGACAAGGCCACGAAGAUGUUCGAGUACCCGAGCGAGUCGUCGAUGCUGCUGGCGGAGGCGAUCGCCGAGGCCCAGGCCCAGGCCCAUGCACAAGCUCAGGCCGCUCAGGCCAGUAUGGACGUCGGCGAUUCUGCUUCCGCUUCCGGCGAGUCGUCGUCGUCGUCGGCAGCAGCGGCAGCAGUGCCUAUGAGAGGAGCAGCCAGCGGUACUCUGCCCUCGCUACUCGGAGUAGGCGGCAAUCUGGCGACGUACACACCGAGCAAAGUCGACCUGGCGCACGACGGCUUCGAGCUCGGCGUGACGGCACGCGCCACGAUAAGCAGCCUACCCUCGCCGCAAUCGCCGACAUUGCCCAGCAGCUUGAAAAAGGACCAACAGACGACCAUCUCCAACGGCGGCGGACUCGGUAACGAGCAGCAGCACAACAAUCAGCUCGAUGAUAAAAACGGCGGCCCAGUGGAUUACAGGAAAAAUUUGCAAGACCCCCAGGCCGCUAACAAUGCCUGGGGCCAAGAGACACCGGCCGAUAUGCUGUACUGAAUUCGCGCUCGGCCGAGCGUUUAGAGUUAGCACCGCUGCUGCUGCUGUUGCUGCCACUCUGCCGCACGAGAGAGGCCCACUUUUCUCUUCAAUUUUUUUCUUAAUUCUCUUUUAAGCUGUGUGUCGUAAGUGUGCGAGUGUGAAUGUGUGUCCGUGCGUAUGUAUAUCCGAUAGUGUUGUACACCGUAUUUGUACCUUAGGUAAUAAUGUGUACGUUCGUUUGUGUAUGUGUGUUUCGCUCGUCGAUACACACGCCCCACGUAUGUGACUCGAAUUGAACGAAAAACGGAGUCUACUUUCUGCAUUCCAUUAUAAGACCUUCGUAUUUACAUAUAAUAUAAUUAUCAUUAGUAACUGCCAAAAUACGUUAACUUUACGACGAAGUACGUUUAAUUAUCGUGCGUAUGUGCAUUCGUUCGAGUUCGCGCGAAGAAUGGAAAAAGAGGCCGAGAGUAUAUCGUCGACAAUUUUUCUUCGCGCGAUAACACGACGCGUGCAUUCGAGCGACUGCAUUUAGAGCGUCGCGAAAAAACCUCCUCGAGGUUUUUUGAUAUCGAUCCCCCCCAGCUGCUGAAUUAAAUUUCUUCGAUGAAUUUCCAUCGAACGAUAUACUCGUUGAUAUUUGUAUGAUAAACAUUAAUAGUAGACGAAAACUGUAAACAUAAUGCGACGAUACAUUUAGAAACAAAACUUUUUUGAGAUUAUUAUAUAAUCUUUGUUAUAAGUAUAGUUGAUACGUACAUUACUGCAAAAGUAUAUAACUUAAGGAAGCAAAAAGAAAAGAAUAAAUAAAUAAAUAGACGAACGCAUGAUUAUUGACGUGCAUUACGAGCUGUAAUCAAGCUGGUUGUGCAAGUGUGACCAGCGAAUAUCAAAGAUUGAAUUUGCCUCGACGGAUAAUCAAACAAGGCAGGGUGAAACGCGAUAAGUGCGAGCAUUAUUCAAAUUUAAUCGAUAUGAGACUUAUUUAUAAAAGUAUUCCAACUAUAGAAUAUUCAUGUACAAUAUAAUCAAGUCCUUUUCCAAAAUCCGGCCUUUUUUGGCGUUUUAUAUAGGAUUAAAAAAAAAAUAAUGAAAAAAUCUCAUGAAAUUGUAGAUUUGUAUAUUUGAUAAAUUUUCAAUGCUACUGCGCAUAAUGAAUUUCUUUUUUCUGAUCUGGAAAGUAACAGAAAAAUUGAUUUUGGCUUAUAGCUUUUUUACAUUUGUAUUGUGCUAAAAGUUCAAUGUGUGUAUGAAAAGAAAGUUGUUUAAAUUAUAGAAUAUUACUUCAAGUUAUGUUUAUUUGUAGCCAUCCGAUGACAAUGUAUAGAUGUAAUUUUUCACACUGUUCAUUUUGUGUUGUAAUUGUAAACAUUGUUUACAAGUUAUAUCGUUAAUUAAAACGAUUUUUAGAAUGCGAUGGAGAUUGCAUAUUAGUUUAUUGCAUAUUCGGUGAGCUUUGUCAAGCCAAAUUGGACUAAUUUUGUUAAUUCCAAGCAUUAUGUACAUACUACGUAUUCACAGGAAUGAAUAUACUUAAUUCCUUGGAAA